GCUGAGCAGUGAGCAGAGGAAGAGCUUUGAGUAGGAAGCCCUGGAAAGCGGGUUUAAAAUAUUAAAUCAGAAACGCAGUGCUUCUAACAAUGACCACUCUGACAAAUGCGGGGCUCUGGACACACAGCCGAUUCAAUGUUUAAACCAGGGUGUCCUUACACAGCAGGAGGUUACUGGACUGCAGGAGAGUGGAAGAGUGAUUCUCACAGGAUGCCUUAUUUUGCAAAACUAAUGUUGCUGAUCUUUUGCUUGAUCCUUCUUGUGGAGAGCAGAAAGCACAGGAGGAGGCGGUGGACAGGUCAAGAGGUGCAGAAAGCAAGUCACAUAUAUAAAAAGAACCACGACAUGACCAAAACUCGGACAGGAAAAAGCGAACAGCUUCUGAGGGUAGAUGACCAUGAUUUCACUAUGAGGCCAGCCUUUGGCGGCCCUGCUAUUCCUGUUGGGGUAGAUGUGCAGGUUGAAAGCCUGGACAGCAUUUCUGAGGUCGACAUGGAUUUUACGAUGACCCUGUAUUUGAGACAUUACUGGAAGGAUGAGCGCCUUUCCUUUCCCAGUCAUACUAACAAGAGUAUGACUUUUGAUGGGAGGCUGGUGAAGAAGAUCUGGGUGCCAGAUGUCUUCUUUGUCCACUCCAAAAGAUCCUUCAUUCAUGACACGACCACUGACAACAUCAUGUUGCGGGUGUUCCCAGAUGGCCAUGUGCUCUACAGUAUGAGGAUCACGGUGACAGCAAUGUGCAACAUGGACUUCAGCCGUUUUCCGCUAGAUUCACAGACUUGUACUCUGGAGCUUGAAAGCUAUGCUUACACUGAUGAAGAUCUGAUGCUGUACUGGAAAAAUGGGAACGAAUCUCUGAAAACAGACGAGAAGAUUUCCUUGUCUCAAUUCUUGAUACAAAAAUUUCAUACAACCUCCAGACUUGCUUUCUAUAGUAGCACUGGCUGGUACAAUCGCCUCUACAUCAACUUCACUUUACGCCGCCAUAUCUUCUUCUUCUUGCUCCAAACGUACUUCCCUGCCACACUGAUGGUCAUGCUGUCCUGGGUCUCAUUCUGGAUAGACCGCAGAGCCGUGCCUGCGAGAGUUUCAUUAGGGAUCACGACGGUGCUGACUAUGUCUACCAUCAUCACGGGCGUCAACGCCUCCAUGCCUCGGGUUUCCUACAUCAAAGCUGUGGACAUUUACCUCUGGGUCAGUUUUGUGUUCGUCUUCCUCUCGGUCAUAGAGUAUGCAGCUGUGAACUACCUGACCACAGUGCAAGAGCGGAAGCGGCAGAAGCUGCGAGACAAGUUCCCAUGCACAUGUGGGAUACCUUCCACAAAAACGAUGAUGCUGGAUGGCAUAUACAGUGAGUCGGAUGCCAAUAGCCUAGAAGGGUACCCAAGAGGCCAGAUGGUGACUGAAGAGGAUAAGCAAGACAAGAUGGUGGUUCAUUUGGCUAUGAAUAAUGAGUCUCAGUCAUCAAGGAAAAGAAGGCUGAAGGGACACGUUAGUCUACGUAUCAUGCAAAACACUCAUGCCAUUGACAAAUAUUCAAGAUUGAUAUUUCCAGGCACCUAUAUAUUUUUUAACUUAAUAUACUGGUCUGUCUUCUGCUGAGGCAGUGAUUGAUCCAAGAGAUAUUUAGAAGACUCGG